AUGACUGGCAAAAGCAAACCUCCUCCAGCCACAGACCCGGCUCCGGCUGCUCCGGAGAAAGAGCCGGUGCCAAACACAAAGGAGGAACCAGCCCCGGCCCCGGCUGCUGAAGAUCCCCUGGCUCCUGAGCAUCCCCCUGCCCCAGAGCAGCCCCCAGCCCCUGCAGAUGAGCCCGUCCCCACGGCAGAAGCGGCUCCAGCCUCUGAGGAAGGUUCCUCGGCUCCCCCAGCUGAACCCCAAGCCCCAGCCUCUGAGCCUGAGAAACCAAAGGCAGAGCCACCCAGCUCCCCCUUGGCUUUGGCUGUGGAAGAAGUGAGUGAAAACUCAGUUACCCUGACCUGGAGAGCCCCGGAGCAGACAGGUCGCCCGGGCCUGGACGGAUACGUGGUGGAGACCUGCAAAGAUGGAAGCACAGACUGGACAGCUGCGAACCAGGAGCCUUUUCUUUCCACUCGCUACACAAUCCAAGGGCUGAGCUCCGGUGACAAGGUCCAUGUAAGGGUGAAGGCUGUCAGUGCCAGUGGGGUCAGUGUCCCAGCUACCCUGGAGCAGCCAGUCCUCAUCAGAGAGAUCCUCCAGCUCCCGAAGAUCCGCAUGCCCCGUCACCUGCGGCAGAUGUACGUCAGGCGUGUUGGGGAUGCCGUGAACAUAAUGAUCCCUUUCCAGGGAAAGCCACGGCCAGAGGUGACGUGGACCAAGGGUGGGCAGCCCCUGGACAGCAGCCGCGUCAACAUCCGCACCACGGACAAGGACACGGUCUUCUUCAUCCGCGAGGCACAGCGCCAAGACUCGGGCACCUACGAGCUGGCCGUGAGGAUCAACGGGGCAGAGGACAAGGCCACGCUGGACAUCCGCGUGAUUGAGCCGCCGGGCCCACCCCAGAACCUGAAGCUGGUGGAUGUGUGGGGCUUUAACGUGGCCCUGGAGUGGACUCCACCAGCAGACAAUGGGAACUCUGACAUCAAGGGCUACACGGUGCAGAAGUCAGACAAGAAGAGUGGGAAGUGGUUCACGGCCCUGGAGCGCUGCAGCCGCACCAGCUGCACCAUCUCCGACCUCAUCAUCGGCAACAGCUACUCGUUCCGCGUGUUUGCAGAGAACGCCUGUGGGCUGAGCGAGAGCGCCGCCCUGGCCCCCGCCGUGGCUCACAUCGAGAAGACAAAAACUUCCUACCAGCCAGAGAAGAUCCCUCAAAGGGACAUGAUGGAGCCUCCAAAGUUCACCCAGCCCCUGCCAGACCGAACCACCACCCGGGGCUACAGCACACACCUCUUCUGCUGUGUCAGGGGCUUCCCCCAGCCCAAAAUCAUCUGGAUGAAAAAUCAGAUGGAGAUACGAGAAGACCCCAAAUACAUCGCGAUGACCGAGAACGGCGUCUGCUCCCUGGAGAUCCGCAAGCCCAGCCCUUUUGAUGGGGGCAUCUACACCUGCAAAGCUGUGAACCCCUUGGGGGAAGCCUCAGUAGACUGCAGGCUGGAUGUCAAAGGGAUGGUGAAUCUCCACAGUCAUGGCCAGAAAGUGGGGGAAGGAACCAGAAAGCGCAGGGCCAAAGGACCAGAGGUGCUGGUGGAGGCUGGGACAGUCACCUGCUCCUAA